GGAGGAUGACUUUCCAGUGGACGGCAGUUGCCGCCUUUCUGUACGGUGAAAUGGGAGUAGUUAUCUUGCUCUGCCUGCCGUUUAUUUCUCCGCUGAGAUGGCAGAAGAUUUUUAUGUUUCCUCUAUGGAGCAAAUUGGCAGUAUUUUGGAACAAGAUGUUCCUUACAAUAAUAGUUUUACUGAUCGUCUUGUUUUUUGAUGCUAUUAGAGAAGUCAGGAAGUACUCAUCCAUUCAUGUGAAUGAGAAGGCUGUAAAUGUCAAUACCAAUGCCUUUGAUCAUAUUCAGUUGAAACUCUUCCGUUCGCAAAGAAACCUCUAUCUCUCAGGAUUUUCCUUAUUUCUUUGGCUUGUAUUGAGACGCACUGUUACCCUUAUUACUCAGUUGGCAAAAGGGAUGACAUCUCAUGCAGCUCUGGAAAUGCAAGUAAAUGAUGCUACUGAAGCAGCCAAAAAAUACAUGGCCGAGAAUGAAAGGCUGCAGGAGCGUGCUUCACUUCACCAUCAGACAGAGGCAAGAGCAAUUGCAUACACGGCACUGCCUGUAAGUAUCAGUACGGCCUUGUGUGAAAAAGGAAGCAGUAGAAAGAAAGAGUCAGUGGAAGCAACAGAGGAAAGGUUGAAGAAGGAAGUUGAACAUUUGAAAGCGGAACUACAGAAGACAUCAAAUGCUCUCCACAAGGCAAAUAAUGAAGUGAGCACAGUGAAAAAGCAGUGUGGAGGCCUUAAAAGAGAUUAUGAUCAUCUGAUGAAAGAAUAUGAACGACUUCAGGACAGUUUAAAUGAAGCAGAAGACAAGAAGGACCUGUAGGUGCAUCUGAGACUGAUGGCAUCAGUACAGUUACUUCAACGUGAAAAGCCUCACGCAGUUUAGGGUCCUGAUGCGUAUCUGAAACAAAAGUUGAUUUUUCUGAAAAGCACAUGCACUGCAGGUCACUAUUCAGAUGCCUGUAACAUAUAUUGGUUGCCAAAAUACUCUGUGUUGCAAAUAAAAUUUUAAGUGGCUUACCUAAUUUACCAUGGAGAUUGUCAUGGCUCUUGUGAGGAGAAACUUGAAAACCUUUUGAUUCCGUCUGGAGCAACUUGACUGUUCUCCAAGCUUUUGCCUCCCAGAAUGGUAACAGACCAUGCACCAUUUGCUUGUAGCAUUUGAGCGAGGUUGUAUAUCAUGCUGUAUCAUAAAAACACAGUUACCUAAACUUCCUUUGCAACACCCGUUUGGAGUCUUCAAAAAUUCAGUUACCGGUGUGUUGAAGAAGGCUGAAAGCUUUUCAUCAGCCAUUCUGCUUCAGCAGAAAAUUGAAUGACAAUCAGUCUAAGGAAAAUAAAGAAAGAAGGGAAACUGCAUUUCUAAAUCCAUCUCACUAGCUUGUGACUUUCACGUAGCCACAUGGCUGAGCAUAUUUUAACAAACAAUAAUUUGCAUGCCCCUGGUUUAUUUUUCAUUAAUAUAUUGGAUUACUUCAGUUUUCAUAACCAAAGUUUUGGGUUGGUUGGUGUUAACAUUCUUUAUUUUUAUGCUGUUUACAUCUGUUUACUCUGUAUGUGCCACCUAACUUCUUUGGCCUUGCUAAGUAAAAAUUCUUUUUAAAUGUAGAUAGUUCGGUUUGUUUUGUUUUGUUUUCAUGGAUACGAUACCUCAAAUAAACGUGCACUGGUUUGCAUAAGCCCUUUUUGGCAUGCAGAAAGUUGUUUGGAGUUUCUCUUUUGCUAGUUGGUUCCAGUUUAUAUUUGAAAGUCGGAUAUGUUUGAUAUAUUAA